CUAUGAAGCGGUUUCUGCUACAGGAUGCAUCUAACGCUGGUUGGGUUAAAGCUCAAGAAGCACGUACUCAGAUUAACACAGCCAGCGCCCAGAUCAGACUUCAAGCAUAUCCAGAGCUGUCAACAAAAUCUCGCUCAAGUAUUGACCUCAAAAUUGCACAAGAAAAGGUGAAUCAGCUGCAAAUACGCAGGGUGUGUCAAGACAUUGCUCUUUCGACCAUCGACAUGACAUUGGCGCAACUUUUUCCCGUUGACGACAAAGAUAUCUCUCGCAUUCGGUCUAAAGCCCUUCACUAUAAUACACUGACCUGGAAGGAGCGAUCGGUAGUUAUCUUUUACUACCUCCACCCUCUGCUUGGGAACAAGGAUGCAGAGGUGACGUGCAGGGUAUUUGGAGUUCGACAUGCAACCUUCACCAAUUGGGUAACGAAGCACUCAUAUUACCCAAAGUGGGUUCCAUUUGUUGAGUUUAUGACAGUGCGUACCGUUCUCAACUCAAUUCCAGUCGAAUUUCGAGCAAUUUUUGAUGAGUCACAGCUCGACGUGGAGUCAGGUGUCUCAAUACCAGUUCAAUUCAGGACACCAACAACUAAACGCUAUGUCACUGCAACCUCUCACCCUCAGCUGUCGCGUCAGAAAGUGGUGAAAAUUGCCAAAAAGAGCGAGGGAGUGAAGUAUUUAGCAACUUCAGUCAGGACAGUAAUUAAGAAAGGUUGUAAAUCCGGUAAUCCAAUGUCUCGCAACGAGAUUUAUCUGCGACUCAUACAACAGUUUGGAAAUGAUGGCAUUUUGGGACCGCCUAGCGAGUUUUGCAGUGUGAUGAAGCUUAACGGCGGAGGAAUAUCGCCUGCGCUAGCGCAGUGGGUUCGUAGGCGCCUCGAAGGUGCCAACUGGAGCAUUCGCAAAGAGAGUGUGUCUCAAAAGGUGCCAACUGAUUGGGUUUUAAUUGCUCUUGUAGCCUCACAGAAGAUUCGCACCAAGCUGGACGGGUACACAGAGUUUGUGGUACCUACUGGAACGAAACGAGCUGGAUCUAAUGUGGCUUCAGAUGCCAAAAAGGGAUGCACAGUGAUGGUUUCUGCAGAAAUACGUUUUGCUACGUGGCGUGAUGAAGGAGGUGAUGCAAGCGUUCAUUUUCAACCUUCACACUGGAUGGACACGCCAACCGCAAAAAAGUACGCGGACUUUUUGGUUAGUCUAUACCCGGGUCAAAAAAUUGGUCUCAUUUGGGAUGCAGCUUCAGCUCACAUUUGUCAGGAAAUGAUUGACUACUUGAGCGAGAAAGGUAUCAUGUAUGAGUGUCACAAACCAUCCCACCCGGUGGUAAGUACAAAGUUGAUCGAGUCCAAGUGA